AUGAAUGCUUUGUAUAACCAUGCUGUUAAACAGCGAAGUUUGUUGAACAAAGAUCUAGGAAAGCUAGAAAAGGAGAGCAUAGUGGCACCCAUUUCUCUUCAAGGUACUAUUGCAACAACUUUGAUAUCGCUUGAGAAAACUAUUAGUCAAUAUAAGGAACAACUCAAACAGUAUGGACUGAACAAUGCGGACGACGACGAGGCCACCAAGUUGAAAUACGAAACGAGGUUACAAACGUUAACACAGGAUUAUGAGGAUGCGAAGAGUAAGUUUAUGGAAUUGAAGGCGAAGCUGUCUAAUUCGAUCGCUAGAGAACAGUUAUUACGUCAAGACACAUCGAUGGUUGAGGAUAAUGUAAUGAAUAAAAGGAACAUAAAUACAAGGCAACAAACACUAUCAACAUUUGGAAUAGGGGAGACUUCUGAUGGAGAUCAUGAGCGAACUACGAUCAAUUCAGCUGCUGGUCUACCCUUAUAUGAGGGAAUGAAAAAAGAACAUUCUAUUUUUGAUAGGAGUAAUGCACAGUUGGAUAGAAUUAUACAAAUGGGUCAGGAAUCACUCGAUGAUAUUAUAGAACAAAAUAAGGUCCUUCAAAGAUUGCAGUCCCAAAUGUCUAAAUCCUUACAUACUUUAGGUAUUUCUGAUGAAACCAUUGAGAAGAUUAAUAAGAGAGUGUUCAAGGACAAAUUGAUUUUUUAUGUUGCGCUACUCUUGUUGAUUUUAGGAAUAUAUUUCGUGCAAAAGUGGUUUAGAUGA